AUAAGAAGCUCAGAACAAAAUGUCAUUUGAAAGUGACAUUAAUGCUAUUAUUAGUAGUAAUCGCUUUCAUGACAUGCAUAAAUUAAUGGCCUUGAAGUUUUCUUUGCUGAUUAUGUAAGAGUAGUUAGGAUUUUAGCUCUUAGCUUCUUGCAUUCGUCAAGCUUGUUGUCAGCCUUAACUCUGUCAUCUAUAGUUGACUGCACAGGGACCUGAAAAAUUUUGUUUCAACUUGUAGCUUUGAGUUUGAAUCUUUCUCUGGAGUUUCCGUGUUCGAAACCUUAAUUUAGUUUGUGGGAUUUUGCAUGUAAGCGCAGCAUAGUUCAGUUUUAGGUGAAAGGUUUUGUGCUCAAAUAGAUGAAAGUAGCAUAGUAAGCAGACCUAAACUGAUCAUUUCAGUGUUGGUGAUAUUGAUAACUCGAAGAAGUUGGAGAAGGUAUCUUCAAUGGAGUUGGAAGGAAGAGGAUAUUCUGAUUUGCUUAGGAACACAAGUGAAGAACUGUUUAUCAAGACCAUGAUGGAGAGCACAAUUGGGAUGCCAGCUCCAACUAUGGAGAUGCUAGGAUUCAAGAAUCUAAGUCAGAACUUCAGAACCGAUAGCGAAGAACUGUUUAAGAGCUGGCUCACAACUGGAGAGAACAAUGGCGGUAAUUCAGGCAUAACGCAUCGUACCAGGCAAGCAUCAAGGAGGAUCUCUGCCGAAGCAUCAAAUCUUUCUAAUCAACAAGGCAUGGGAGCGAUCCAAAGGAAAAAGAGUGAUGACAACUUAUUCCCACAAAAUACUUCCCUAGCUGGAAACUCUUGUGAACUCAACCAACAACAGUCCAGGAAUUCUGCUGACAAAGCUUUGCAAGCGAGCAACUUGUUUCUUGCUAAGGCCUGGUUUCAUAGUUCCCAACCUAUGACAAGAAGUCGUUCCUCGGAAUUGAGGAGGAGGUAUGUCGCCCAACAGACUUUUCAGCCAGCACCUAACAUAGAGACAAUGCCUAACAUAUCCGAGAAUGGCAUCAGCAACUUCAAACAAGAGUAUAACAAUCCAAGUGGAUUCAGUAAUGGGUCAAUGUGUGAGCCAAAUCAGAUAAACCUGUAUACUUCGCCAUCCAACUCCUCGUCGUCCAACUUCAACAAUUCACAAAUGGGGAAUGUUGAUAAUAUAUCUUCUGUCGUGAGCAUGCUAAAGGGCACAUUAGAGCGUAAGAAGCUCUGUAGCCCCGGCGAGCGAGAAACCACUGAAGAUAGCUCUUUUGGAUGUUAUGGUCCCGAAGAUGUUUUAGGCAAUUCAGGCCUGAUUCAAGGCCAAGCGCAUCAUAUAUAUGAGAUGCCAGGAACAUUUCAAGAUUUAUCCACUGUUCAAGUAUCAGAAGCUGGCAUUCUACAAACUGGUGAAGGGUCGUAUGGGAUUAGCUUAAGAGGAAUGGUUGGCACUGCUAAUGCAAUGCAAAUGAGUACGGUAUCACGAGAACCUUCACAGAGUGAAUCCUCAGCACCUGUAGUUUCAACUGGUUUUGAGGUAUGCGACGGCCCAAGCAUCUCAGGUCAAGCUCCUAGUGUUUGUGAAAGCUCAAGGAAACAAGUUGGAAAUGAUGCCAGACAAAGCACGUUCGACAGCAAAAAAGAUGAUCGAAAGAAACAAGGUUUAGUUCGCUAUGGAUCGAUAAAUUCAACCGGAUCAGGGGAACCAGGGGAUCCCACAAAGAAGCGCAGGGUGGAGAGGUCUCGCAAAAUGGCGGAAGCCAAAGAAAGAAAUUCGACCCCAGUGGUUCCUUCAGAUAUGCAGUCGAUUCUCAAACGUUGUGAGAACCUUGAGAAAGAAGUCCGCUCACUCAAACUGAACUUGUCUUUCAUGAAUAGGAAGGAUUCAGAACAAACAAAGCAGAUCGAAGAACUUCAGAAGCAGAAUGAAGAUUUAUCCAAGGAAAAGGAAAGGCUUCUCGAAGAAAUCGAGAGGAUUAUUUCUGAAACAGCCAAGAUGUGAUGUUUUGCUGGUUUUUAAGUAGGCUCGUAGACUGCUAUCCAAUCCUAAACAAACUACAAGGUCAUGUUUAUUAUGAACACUCUUAAAGCAGAAUGCUAAAUGCACAUUAUCAAUGCUUUCUAAUUCAAUACAGAGGAGUUUACUUUUGCAAGAAAUGGUGGAUUGAACUAAGCUUCCUCUAUUGCAAGAUUCCCUUGCUAGGUAUUUUGGGCAAGAUUCAUAUCAGGACGCGACAACAAAAU